AUGGGAGUUGACCUCACCGGCGUCCAGAAGAAGAAGCGCGUGGUGCGCCACCACACGUACUCGACGAACCCGUACAUCAAGCUUCUCAUCAAGCUGUACAAGUUCCUCGCCCAGCGCACCAACUCCGCGUUCAACAAGCUCGUUCACCAGCGCCUGCUGAAGAGCCGCAACAACCGCGCCCCCGUCUCCCUGAGCCGCAUUGCCGUCUGCAUGAGGCGCAAGUCGGUGUGGCUGGAGAAGGGCAAGAAGGCCCCCAUCGCCGUCGUCGUCGGUGACGUGCUUGAUGACGUUCGCAUGAUCCGCA